AUGACCGGAGCACACAGUGAAACAUCAGUUUCCGAUGAGUCCAUCAACAACAACCUGAAGGUCCCACUUCUUCCCCUCCAAAGAACACACACCAACCUUUUCACCCUCAAGUCCCUUUUCACCCUCAAGAAUUUCUACGUUCUUCUUGGACCUUUAUUGUCCCUUUUCAUCUGUCUCUUCGUCAAACUCGACGCUCCGAAAACCAGUCGCAACAUGCUCGCUGUUGUUGCUUGGGUUUUCACUUGGUGGGUUACGUCCGCUUUACCACUUCCGGUUACUUCCAUGUGUCCGUUGUUUCUCUUCCCUCUCUUCGGAAUCGCUUCUGCUGAUACGGUAUCCCGCUCUUACAUGGAUGAUGUUAUCACUCUGGUACUCGGAAGUUUCAUUCUCGCCCUCGCCGUUGAACGCUACAACGUUCAUAGAAGAUUGGCUUUGACGGUGACAUCUGUGUUUUGUGGGGAACCGUUGAAUCCAGCGCUAUUAUUAUUGGGUCUAUCUGCCACGUCAUUCUUUGUGAGUAUGUGGCUGCACAACGUGGCGGCGGCGGUGAUGUUGAUGCCGGUGGCUACGGGGCUAUUACAGCGGCUUCCGCCUUCGCCGGAACAAUCGGAGUUAGUCAACAAGUUUAGUAGAGCGGUGGUUCUGACGGUGGUUUACGCGGUGCCGAUCGGAGGAAUGACUACUUUGACUGGGACAGGUGUCAAUUUGAUAUUGGUUGGAAUGUGGAAGAGUCUAGAACCUGGAGCGAAGCCAGUUAGUUUCAACACGUGGUUUUUUUAUGCUUUUCCGGUGGCCUUUGUUUUUGUUAUAUGCUUUUGGUGUAUUCUUUGCUUCAUUUACCUACGGAAAGGUUCAGCGACGGCAUUAUCGCCUUAUUUGAGUAAAGCACAUUUGAAGAGGGAAUUAGAAGCUCUUGGUCCCAUGUCUUUCGCUGAGAAAAUGGUUCUGUCAGUGUUUGGGUUGUUGAUUAUAUUAUGGAUGACAAGAAGAAUCACAGAUGACAUUCCUGGAUGGGGAGCAUUUUUCAAUGGCCUUGUUGGCGAUGGAAGUGUCAGUGUUAUGGUGGCAGUGUUAUUGUUCAUAAUCCCUAACAGAAAACAAGAAGGUGAAAAGCUAAUGGAUUGGAACGAAUGCAAGAAACUACCAUGGAACCUAAUUCUACUUCUUGGAGCUGGUUUCGCAUUAGCCGACGGAAUUCAAGCUAGCGGUCUAGCAGAUGUACUUUCAAGAGCCAUAGAUUUCUUAGAAAAUGCUCCAUAUUUAGCCAUAGUUCCUGCAGUUACCCUUAUAAGUAGUAUUAUAACUGAGUUCAUAACUUCAAAUGAUGCUACUGCCACACUUAUUAUCCCACUUUUAUAUCACAUAGCUAAAACUAUGCAUGUACAUCCUCUUCUUCUUAUGAUCCCAGGAGCAAUGGCAACUGAAUUUGCUUUCUUGCUUCCAACUUCAACUCCCUCAAAUGUAGUUGGUUUUGCCACUGGUCAUAUUGAAAUUCAAGACACUCUUAAAGUUGGUUUGCCACUUAAGAUUACUGGAAUUGUUCUGCUCUCAGUUUUCAUGCCAUCUCUAGGAGCUUUAGUUUUUGGAAUAAAUGAUGGUUUUCAAGGGAUGACAAACAUUCCUUUGUUGAGAAAUUGA